AUGGCGUCGGCGUCGCGCGCGCUCCUCCUCUCCCGUGCGCUCCAGGCCGGCGGCGGCGCGUCCCGUCGCGUCCCCACCCUCCUGCGCCCGCUCGCUGCGGCCGCGAGCCUCCUCCCGGCGGGGGCGGGGGCGGCGGCGGCGGCGGCCCCCGGCGCGGGGGUGCGGUGCUUCGCGACCCAGCCGGCUACGUCCUCGCUGCGGGACUCGUCCCCGAACUGGAGCAACCGCCCGCCCAAGGAGACGAUCCUCCUCGACGGGUGCGACUUCGAGCACUGGCUCGUCGUCAUGGAGCCGCCGCCUGGUGACGCCUCCAACCCCGACAUCACGCGCGACGAGAUCAUCGAUAGCUAUAUCAAGACCCUCGCCCAAGUCGUCGGGAGUGAGGAAGAAGCUAGGCAAAAGAUAUAUUCGGUGUCGACUCGUCAUUACUUUGCCUUUGGUGCCCUUGUAUCUGAGGAACUUUCUUACAAACUGAAAGAAAUGCCCAAGGUCCGUUGGGUUCUUCCUGAUUCAUACUUGGAUGUAAAAAAUAAGGACUAUGGAGGAGAACCCUUCGUAAAUGGGGAAGCUGUUCCUUAUGAUCCUAAAUACCAUGAGGAGUGGGUGAGAAACAAUGCCCGUGCCAAUGAAAGAUCCCGGCGCAAUGAUAGGCCCCGCAACUUCGACAGGUCAAGGAACUUUGAGAGGAGAAGGGAGAACAUGCAGAACUACCAGAACAGAGAUGGGCCUCCUGCGCAGGGUUUCAAUGGCCCCCCACCUCCACCUGGCCAGAACCAGAUGCCUCCUCACCAUGGUCAGGGCAACAUGCCGCCGCCACCGCCGCCACAUGCUGGUGGUGGCCAACCAAACUAUCAGAACCAAAUGCCAAACCCACAGGCGGGCUACAACACUGGCGGUGCUCCUCACUACCAGCAAGGUGGUGCUCCUGGCUACCAAGGUGGACCUCCGGGGUAUCAAGGUGGUAACCAAGGUUACCAAGGGAACCCAGGCCCGGCCUACCAAGGUGGUAACCCUGGCUACCAAGGUGGCCCACCUGGUUACCCUGGUGGCAACCCACCACUUCCACCUCCCUACCACGGAGGCAACCCCAACACACCGCCAUAUGCGGGUGGUGGCAAUCCUGGCUACCCUGGUGGCAGCACUGGCUACCAAGGUCAAGGAGGCAACUCGAACUACCAAUGA